CGGUGCAUUCGGCUUUGCGUUUGAUCUUUGGAGCUUCAAUUUCAGAAAAUUAAUGGGUAACUACGUGUCGUUUCAGUCGCCGGAGGCCAUCGGAAAAAUCGUUCUCUCCGACGGGACUGUUCACCUGUUCGAGGGGCCACUAACGGCUGCGGAGCUCAUGUUAGAGCACCCUAACCAAGUGGUAGUGGAGCUGCGCUCGGCUGUCGCGGGAAAGAGGCCGUCGCCGUUGACGGCUGACGAGAAGCUGGUGGCGAAAAAGGUCUACGUCAUGCUUCCGGCGAGGAGAGGGAGGCCGGUGGCAUUGUCGUCUGAAGAGGCCCGCCGGGCUCUUCUGAGGGCGGAUUGGGUGUUAACCCGCCGGCAGGAUUUUUUGUCAGCGAAGUUUCUGCCGGUUUUGGCGCGGACGUGCUCGGCCGGCGUGGUCCAGAAGAAGGAAGCGCUCUUGCUGGAGAGGCACGUGCCGGAGGGCAGGCACGUGCAGGAUUUUCAAGUGCCGGAAGGGUUUGGGGAGAGGCCGGAGUAUCUGAGCCGGCAGCUUUCCGGGAGGGGGUGGAAGCCGAGUUUAGAUACCAUAAAGGAGAAGAGGGUGGAGAGGAAAGUGUCUCAUUGGCUGUUUUGAUUAAUUAAUUAUGGACAUUUAAGUUGGUUAGCGUUAAUUAACUUUCUCGAAAUUGGUCUAUUGAAAGUCUUCCGAACAUACUCAAGGCCAGAGAGGUCUCUACCCGAAGAUAAAGCUCUAUUUUAUGCUCUUGUAUGUGUUCGUAAUGCUCUCGAAAGGUCAGUUUUGAGGAGUCUGUUAUUUAAUUUUCUUUAAUUAAAAUAUUAAUGUUAGAUAGUAUGUGUUAAUUGUAUGAGGU